AUGCCGAGAGAUAGUCGUGCUAAAGGGCCUAAGCCGGGUGUGAGUUGUGGAGAGUGCAAUGAUCCGGAUAAUAGUCAAAUGGUGUGCUGCGACGAAUGUUGCCGAUGGUUUCAUUUUAAGUGCGUAGGUGUCGAUGAAGGAAUCGAAGACGUAGACUGGAGUUGUUCGUCGUGCGAAGCGGAGCGUACAUCCCAGGACGCAUCGGUCCAUACUACGAUACCUGCACCGGGUGGAGCGGACAAAAAAUCGUCAAGCAACCAACAACAACAGAGCUUGCAACUUCAACAGUUGCAAAGAAUGAUGGAUCAAAUGCACAGUAGGUUCGAAGGACAACAACAAGCGUACGAAAAAUUGCUACAAGAAAAGGACCAAGAGAUGCAGAAUGCAGUAAGUGACCUGCAGCGCCAAUUCCAGAUUCGAUUAAGGGAAAAAGAGCAACAGGUCCGAGAGGAGUUGAAGGCUCAGACUGUCGUACCUCCACCAAAUGCGAAUUCAACUGCAGUAGAAAGUGAAAACCAUGUAGCUGCAGAUAUGUGCAAGGCGGUCGAACGAAUGGAGAAACAGCUUCAGGAGAUGGCAAACAGACAGGAUUCCGUAGCCAAAAGUUUAGAUGAACGUUUGAGGACGAUAGAAGUGUCUCGUCAUGCUUCGGUACUGAACAACCGCAGUAAUCUAAACGUCAAUGCGUAUCCUUUCGACCCGAACCAACGUUCGGAUUUGUCUCAUGAGCUGAGCGGAAGUCAACUUGCUGCGCGCCAUGCAGUGGCAAAAGAGCUCCCGAUCUUCACUGGUAAUCCUGAGGAGUGGCCUCUGUUUAUUGCCUCGUAUGAAAGUACCACCAGAAUGUGUGGCUACAGUAACGAGGAGAAUCUGCUGCGACUCCAACGUUGUUUAAGAGGAAAGGCACUCGAAGCAGUACGUAGUCGUUUGUUAUAUCCAGCGGGGCUUGAAGGCGUUAUAAACACAUUGCGAACGCUAUUCGGCAGGCCGGAAGUAAUCGUCCACUCUUUGGUAUGCAAAAUUCGGGAAAUGUCAUCGCCGAAGACCGAGAAACUCGGAACUUUAAUCGAUUUCGGAGUCGCAGUACAGAAUAUGUGUGCCACAAUUGUAGCCUGUGGGUUGAAUGAUCAUCUUUGUAACGUGGCACUCCUUCAAGAACUUGUCGAGAGACUACCACCAUCUAUCAAACUGGACUGGGCGAGACGACGCCAGACAUUGAAUGCAGUUACGCUAGCGGAUUUCAGUGACUGGCUCGGUGAGCUGGUUGAAGCAGCUUGCGUGGUUUCAGUCCCGUCAUCAAUUGGCACUUUCAUUGGAAAACCUGAGAGACGUGGUCGUAAGGAAGAGGUAUGUGUACACCUUGAAUCUAGUUCGAGCUCAGCGUCCAACACAGGGACCCCCUACAGCCAAACGGCGAAACCGGCAAAUAAACAAUGCGUCAUCUGUCACAGUGAAUGCAGUAAGGUGGAGAACUGUAAAAAGUUUCUGGCAUUUGAUGUGGGAGCCAGAUGGACAGCAUUGAAGGAAAAUAAACUAUGCCGGAAGUGUCUGACGAAGCAUUUUGGAGCGUGUGCGAUUAAACAAGUUUGCGGCAGAAACGGUUGUUCUUAUCUGCACCACAAGCUGUUACACGAUGACUCUAGAUACCAGCGGAAUGCAAAUUCUCCACCAUCAACUUCAUUAGAUGCCACGAAAAAUAAUACCGCAAGCUGCAAUGCUCAUGUCAGUAAGACCUCUGAGAUUCUUUUCAGAUACGCUCCGAUAGUCGUUUAUGGAAGGGGAAAAUCUGUUCACACUUUCGCUUUCCUGGAUGAAGGCUCGUCAGUAACUUUAAUGGAGCACGGCCUUUUGGAAGAGCUGGGAAUCGAAGGCGAAUCAUAUCCGUUAUGUCUGGGAUGGACAGCGAACCAACAACGGCAAGAAGCUAAUUCCGUAAAACUUGCGUUGGAGAUUUCUGGAGCGCACAACACGAGGAGGUAUUGGAUUCCGAAGGUGCAUACUGUUGAAAAUCUUGCUCUACCGCGACAAACUUUGAAAAUGAACGAACUGGUACACCGAUACGAUUAUUUGACGGAUUUACCAACUGACUCAUAUCAGAACGUUCAACCAAGGAUACUCAUCGGAGUAGAUAACUGCUACCUGGGACAUGCGCUGGAUAGCAGAGAGGGAAUGAUACAUGGACCGAUUGCUGCUAGAACACGUCUAGGUUGGAUAAUCUUUGGACCGUUGUCGACAGCUGCUCCAGCGGUAUCGGACUCUCCGGCGUGUAAUAACCUCCAUAUAUGCGAGUGCUGUGAGCGAAAGGAUGCGGAACUACAUAAUACGGUAAAAGCAUGUUUUUCGUUAGACAGUCUCGGAGUUGCGCGUUUUACCAAGCCACUUUUAUCAAAAGACGAUGAUCGAGCGGUACGUUUGCUGGAAUCGUCGACCCAGGUGAAAGGUAGGCGAUAUGAAACUGGAUUACUCUGGCGUUACGACAAUGCUCAACUACCGGACAGUAAACCAAUGGCAAUGAAGCGGUUGAUGUGCUUAGAGAAGCGUAUGCAAAGAGAACCCGAACUGGCACGAGUUUUGAAGGAGAAGAUAAACGAUUAUCAGCGAAACGGAUACAUCGAGAAGUUGACAAAGACUCAACUGUCCGAGGAAUUCCCGCGUGUCUGGUAUCUCCCAAUAUUUCCCGUGGUUAACCCAAACAAGCCUGGAAAGCUUCGCAUAGUCUGGGAUGCGGCUGCAAAGGUGGCGGGAACUUCGCUGAAUUCAUUUUUACUCAGUGGUCCGGACCAACUUACUUCUCUUCCGUCUGUGUUACACCGUUUCCGGGAGUUCCGAAUUGCUGUUACGGAUGAUAUCCGCGAGAUGUUCCACCAGGUGUUGGUGAACAGAACCGACCAGCAAUGCCAAAGAUUCCUAUGGCGCGAUGGCGAUCAAUCCCGAAGUCCAGAUGUCUACGCGAUGAAAGUUAUGACGUUCGGGGCUACGUGCUCACCUAGUUGUGCGCAGUUCGUUAAAAACCAUAACGCACUACGAUACCAAUCCCGCUUUCCAAGAGCGGCCGAGGCUAUACUGAAAGAGCAUUAUGUUGACGAUAUGCUUUCUAGUGAGGAGUCGGAAGAGGCGGCGGUGAAGCUUGCAAAAGACGUCCGUUUUAUCCACUCACAGGCUGGAUUCGAAAUACGUAAUUGGCUGUCGAACUCAAAGCGAGUACUUCAAGAAUUGGAGGCGGAGCCGGGCGAAAAAAGCUUAAAUCUGUCGAGCGAGUUGGGGACGGAGAAAGUUUUUGGUAUGUGGUGGUGCACCGCUUCCGAUACUUUUACUUUCAAAGUUUCUCCGAGGAUAAGUGCAGAUUUACUACAAGGCCGCGUCAUACCGACAAAGCGUCAGAUUUUGAGCACCCUGAUGAUGGUGUACGAUCCGCUUGGAUUACUGGCAAAUUUCCUGAUGUUCUUGAAAAUCUUGCUUCAAGAGAUCUGGCGCAGUGGUGUUAAUUGGGACGAGCACAUCGCAACAGUUGCGUACCUACGCUUCGAAGAACAUGACACCAUUGAGUGCGCGAUAAUCGGGGCUAAGACCCGAGUGGCACCCCUGAGGUACGUGUCGAUUCCUAGGCUGGAACUUCAAGCGGCAGUAAUCGGAGCCCGUUUGGCGAACGAUGUAAUGGAGUCGCACACAUUGAAACCUACUAAAAGAUUUUUUUGGACAGAUUCACGUGACGUGCUUUGCUGGAUAAAUUCGGACCACCGUAAAUAUAGCCAGUUCGUUGCAGUACGAGUCAGUGAAAUGCUGGAGUUGACCGAACCAACUGAAUGGAACUGGAUUCCGUCGAAACUAAACGUUGCUGAUGAUGCCACGAAGUGGCAGAGGUUGCCGGAUCUGUCUCCUACAAGUCGCUGGUUUCGAGGUCCUGAAUACCUGUGGGAUCAAAGGGUUGAAUGGCCCGUUACAACUUUGAAUCACGGGCACACCGUCGAGGAAAUACGUCCAAACGUGCUCCAUCACGUCGAAGAGCGUGCGCUGUUUCGAUGGGAGAAGUUCUCACAAUGGAAACGGCUUCUACGCCAGGUGGCAUUUGUGAAACGGUUCCCAGCGAACGUUCGUAGGAAAAAAGCGAAGCAGAAUAUCGUUACUGGAGUGCUGACUCAAAAAGAGCUCAAGGAAGCAGAAAUUUUCAUCCUCAAACUGGUGCAGAAUGCUGUGUUCGCUCCUGAAAUAGAGUCACUGCACAAACCGAACAAGGUACCCUGGAAGAAAGCAUUACCGAAAAGUAGUCCGUUGUACAGGUUGAGUCCAUUCAUUUCCGAAGAUGGGAUUCUACGUAUGAAAGGCCGAAUAGACGCGUGCGAAUUUGUGGACGAGCGUACCAAGCAUCCGGUACUGCUGCCCAAACGUCAUCCUGUUACAGACCUCAUUAUCGCUGAAAUUCACCAAAGAUAUUGUCAUAUCAACCACCAGACCGUGCUCAGCCAAAUUCAGCAUUCAUGCAUACUUGCCAUCAGGAAUUUUAUUGCCAGAAGAGGUACGCCCCUCGAAAUAGUGAGUGAUCGGGGAACUAACUUUGUUGGAGCCAGUCGCGAGCUAAAGCAAGAGCUAGAGAAGCUGAAUCAGGAGAAUUUGAUGGAAUAUUUUGUCACUAGUGACACAAAAUGGACAUUUAACCCACCUGCAUCUCCACACUUCGGCGGAGCCUGGGAACGUCUCGUUCAGUCUGUUAAAAAAACUCUAAAGCACCUCCAAACUUCGCGCACACCCACCGACGAGCUUUUAAGAAACAUGAUGGCGGAGAUCGAACUAAUCGUAAAUUCUAGACCCUUAACCGAGCUACCGCUGGAUGACGAAAUGUCAUCCCCACUCACACCGAACCAUUUCUUACUCGGAUCGUCAGACGGUUCUAAGCCCCCGAUCGCGUUCGACGAUAAGUAUCAUGCCCUGAAACACACCUGGAAGAUGUCCCAGAUCUACGCAAACCGGUUCUGGAAACGAUGGAUAGCAGAAUAUCUACCAACGUUGACGCGAAGGACGAAGUGGUUUCAGCCGGUGAAGCCUAUCGCCGAAGGAGAUAUUGUCAUCGUGGUGGAUGAGACGCUACCGAGAAACUGUUGGCCCAAAGGUCGGGUAGUGAAUGCAAUCCGGUCGAAGGAUGGACAGGUUCGUCGCGCUCAGGUGCAGACAGCUAAUGGUAUCCUGGAGAGACCGGCCGUAAAACUUGCGGUGUUGGACCUUAGUGCCACCGUAAGUACGUCGGACCCUUGA